AUGGUAAGACUAACUACCGAAUACAUUGAAAGAAAAUGUUCUCAAGCACAGUUAAACAAAUCUCUCAGCAAAAAAAUAAGCAAAGAUGAAUUAUAUGGUUUAACUCACUUACGUAUGAACAAUAUGUUUAUCAACAGCAUUGGUAACUUUGCUGUUUAUAGAAAUCUCAAAGUAAUAUAUUUACAAAAUAACAAUAUAUCUACAAUAGAAAAUUUACAAUUUGCAACGAACUUGACUCACCUCUACCUGCAAUACAACAUAAUAAGCAAAAUAGAAAAUUUAGAUUCUCUCGAGAAACUUCAGACACUAUACUUGGGGUACAAUAAUAUAGUUGUAGUAGAGGGUCUUGAAAGUUUAAAGGAAUUAACUACUCUAGACAUUAAAAAUCAAAUGUUAAAUAUUGGAGAAUGUCUAUGUUUCGAUCCACGAAGUGUACACACUUUAUCCACUUGUUUGAAAAUACUCAAUAUCUCUGGCAAUAAAAUGAGAUCCUUAAAGGAAAUCAAGGAUCUGAACAACUUAGAAGUUUUAGAUGCUAGAAACAAUUUUUUUGACGAUAUCGACGAUCUAACUGAAAGUAUAAGCGCCUUGAUUUCUCUAACAGACUUAUAUUUGCAGGGCAAUCCUGUAACUGAAUAUUAUAGAUACAAAGAAAAUCUUAUCGCGAAUAAUGAUACUAUAAAGAAUAUCAAUGGGAAGAUGGUAACAGAUAUAUGUCGUUCCUUUAUGAAACGAUUUAAAAUGGAAAAACAUCUUCACCGUACAAAGAAAUCUUCGAGGACCACGUUAAACGAAGAUAUUACGAAUUCCUUGAAAUUACCACCUGCUUUUCAAAAAUCAAUAUCUAGAGCAUUAUUUCAACAACCUGCACCACAACUAUCUAUUACGAUUUCAUCAAGCAUUAGUGAAACGCAACCACAAAUAUUUCCGUCAUGGAAAACAGCAUCAGGAACAAAAACUGUAAGACACGGCCAUAUCACACCAAGACCAUUCUGGAGUAAUAUAAUUAAAACAAAGCAAUCUCAUGUGCGACCAUUGAUGAAGAAUAAAGCUAUUAAAUUACCACAAAUAUAAAUCACUUGCAAACAGAAAAUAGAACAACUUCUUGUGUAACAUUUAAUACAUUCCUCAUUAUUCACCUUCACAACGUUACAACAAUGAAUUCGAAAAAUAACAAACUACACAUGUAACAUUGCACAAUAUAAAUUGUGUAUAAUAUUGGAUACUAUACAUAUAUGCAUGCAAGAAAACAGAUUCUUUUAAUUAGAUGUGUGUUCUUAUUUAUUAAUAUUCUUUUUUAGAAAAUUAUUUAUAAUUCAUUAUAUAUUUUUCAUUGAUGUUUAAUUUUUUUUUAUAAUAUGCGCACUCUAUUAAAUAAUUACCAUUUAAAUUAUUCAUUAUUAUGCUGGAAAGUCGUGUACAAGAUAAAAAUAAAAUCUAUAAUAAAAUUUCGCUGAAAUACAUAUAUGGCAGACUAUGUAAAAAGCUGACAGCAAACUAGAUACAAUAAUAUUUUAUACAACUUUCUAGCAUUUAAGGCAAUGUUUAUAUCAUAUAAAUGUGCAUAUAACGUAAUGUUCUUUAUAUCUAAUUGUGAAAUAAAGUACAUCAAAGUUCAUGCGUGUAAAACAAUAAUUCAAUUUAAAUAUAACAAAACGUGCAUAGUUAAAUAGUUAAUGCAGAUAUUCUUACGCGCGAAAUACCAUUACAGUAUAAUUAUGACAU